AUGGGCCUUUUGGUUGGCGGGGGCGGUGGAGGUUCAAUGCAUUCCAUGGUGGCACUGGCAUGGGACAGUGGUGAUGAUGUUUGUGUGCAUGGAGUGGGCAUGCUGGUAAUUGAUCAGAUGCUGAAGGCUCACGUGUGGCUUCAAACUUCUGAUGGUUCAAUACUACAAGUGGAACAAGAGGUUGCCAUAUUUUGCCCCUUCAUAUGUCAUGAAAUACAAUCAGGCACAGGAUCUUCGAAGUGUUAUCCCAUCUCCCUUCCUUCACGGGUCAAUCCUCCCAUGUUGAGCUUGAUUCUUGACUACUGUCGAUUUCAUCAAGUACCAGGGCACUCUAACAAGGAGAGGAAGUCCUUUGACGAAAGGUUUGUUCGAAUGGAUACUAAACGGCUUUGUGAGCUGACUUCCGCUGCUGACAGUCUUGAACUGAAGCCAUUGGUAGAUCUCACUAGUCGUGCACUUGCACGAGUGAUUGAGGGCAAGACUCCAGAAGAGAUCCGAGAGAUAUUUCACCUGCCUGAUGAUCUCACAGAGGAAGAAAAAUUGGAGCCCAUCAAAAACACAAUGGAUGAUCCUCGGAUUCGGCUAUUAAAUAGAUUGUACGCCAGAAAGAGGAAAGAGUUAAAAGAAAGAGAGAGAUUAAAGAAUGUUGAGGCUGAAGCAGAGCGUGUGGAUGAUCGUUCAGUUGAUGACCUCUUGUCCUAUAUUAAUGGAGGCAAUGGAGAUUUUAAGGGGACUACAACUUCUAAAAAUAAAAAGAAGAACCGCAGGAGGAAAGACCAUCAGAAGACUGCUCCUUUGAAUUGCACUAGUUGUUCAAAUGGCACGUCUUCUUCGAGCAAUUCUGUAGAUAUAAGUAAGAAGGAAUCAAAUGAGAUGGAUUCUGUUUGCAACAACCCUAUGGUUCACAGCAAUAUUUGGCCUAAUCUUGUUAACACAACAGAGUUUUUGGACAGCGGAAAUGCCAGAUUUGCACCUGAGGAGUUUGAUGAUUGUGAUUUAGAUGAUGACAUUGACCCUGCAUUGAAAGAAGAAAUUGAUAGGGAAGUUGCAGACUUUGCUAGAAGAUUGAACUCAGAUUGGCCCGAAAGACUGCAAGAAAUUCUCUCUGUGGGUAGUGACAAAAAUCAAUUACCGUUGAGUAGGAAUGAAAAUGGUACCUCGAGGAGAUUUAGAGGAGACCAGCUCCAGAAAUAA